AUACAAAAAUAUCUACAUACAAUUCUAAUCUGAUAUAAGAGGCAUCAACCUAAGUGUCUAUACUUAAGGAUCCUCUGAGUCAGCUAGUCCUUCUCAUGAUGCCCUGACCUUUGUCCAGCUUCUUCUCCUUCCUCCCACCGCACUUCCUCCUCCAGGAUCACAUGACAGCGAGACAAAAGGCUCCUCAGCGCUCGCUCAGUUCCCAGCAGGAGGCUGCAGUCAGGAUGCUCUUUACCCGUCCACUGCAACAAGUUCUAGAGAAGGAAAAUUUGAGAAAAAAGAUGGUUUAGUCUGUUGAACUCCAGUGAGAGGAAUGACGCCAGGGUUGUCGUGUAUCCAAGGUACAUAUCCGAAAAGGCUGUCUGGACAACCCAAAUCAGAGCAAUCCUGCACCAGGAUGUCUCCAACUAGAGAUUUCCAGUGUUCAGCAGAUAAUCGCUCCUGCAGGGUGUUUCUGAAGAGCAGAUGUCGCUGUAACAGCUGCUCCACAAACUUCAGCUCUUUCCAUCCUGCUGAGGUCUAUGUCGGUUACUGUACAGCUGCAAGAUCUGACACCGCAUCACUCCAAGUUCUUCCUGUAGUAUGACAAAGACGCAGGACCAGAGUUUGUGAUUCGACCAGAGCCUCCAGACGAAGUGCUUUCUUCUGGCAGCUCCUCCUGUUCUCCUCCAGUUCCUCCCUCAGAUACGUGUCUCCAUGUUGGAUCUGACUGAGCUCCAGCAGAGCGCUGAAGUUGCCCCUGCCAGCAGCCCCUCUGCUAAGGAAGUGGCAAGCCAGCCAAAGAGCUCAGCCCUGCAGGGGAAAUGGCUGCAGGAGCCAAGAUCCCUCCUUUUAUGCCUGCUGACAGAAGGACAGGCACGGUCUGUUGAGCUGUUGCCAUGAGGACAAGCGAGUUUGACUCUUCAUCUGAAGAAGAGGAAGUUGGAGAAGAGCAGCUGACUCCCUUCCACAUCUCCUGGUUACCUCUGUCCAUAGUGGAGUGCUCACAGUUUCUUGGGAUAUGUGCACUACCAGGUUGCAAAUUCAAAGAUAUCCGCAGGAGUCUGGAAAAAGAUGUUGAGGAGCUCCAGAACCAGGGGGUGCAAGAGGUGUUUGUUUUCCUCACCAGAGGAGAACUUAACAAGUACAGGGUCCCUUCAUUGCUGGAGGUCUACCAGCAGCAAGGCUUCACAGUUCACCACAUGCCCUUCCCAGAUGGAGGCGCUCCUGAGCUGGAGCAGUGCUGCCAGAUCCUUGAGGAGCUGCAGAUCAGCCUCAAGAACAACAGAAGGACUGUGAUCCACUGUUACGGAGGUCUGGGACGCUCUGGAUUAAUCGCUGCCUGUCUGCUGCUUCAGCUCUCCAUAUCCAUGACGGCAAACAAAGCUAUCGAAAUCCUCAGGGAGCACAGAGGAGGAGGAGCGAUCCAAACUGUGAAGCAAUACAACUUCCUCCAUGAGUUUCGGGAAAGGUACACAGCCUACCAAGAAAGCAGAGAAGUUCCCACAGAGCGCUCGGUGUCUCGGUGAUCACUGCUCUUCUCUUCAAAUCAUCGAUCUCUCAUUUGUCAGCGAUUCUUUCCUGAUUAUGUGUGAUAUAAUUGUAUUCUCUUAGGAUUGCACUUUAACAGAAUACUCUAAUAUAUUGCAUUUUCACUUUCAUUAAAAUGAAAUUAAAGUCUUGAUGAGGAAAUCCUGCCGGAUUUUACUUGUAAGCUUAAAAUAUGUUGUUUGCAUUUAUAUCACAUUUAAGAUAAUGGAGAUUUUUGUUCCUCUCCUGUUGUAGCUAUACUCUAUUUUUAAUUUCUCUAAAUCUGUAACACUGCAAACCAGUAAUUUCUCCAUUAUUUCUAAAAUAUACCGUAUUUUACAUACUGUCGCAUGCUUUGUACAGGUCUGCAUUUUGGUUACUUAAUUCCUCAUGGUUGAUGCAAAAAAAAAAAAAAAGAAAAUCAAAGGUGUAAUCCCCGAGUCUGCGAUCACAUCCAUUGAUGACCACACAUACUUGUGUCCUUAUGCAACACAUUGCUUGCUUGCUUGCUUAAUGUAAGUCACUGUGGACCUGUAUGUAGGGUUUAUAUUGGCCUUGAAAAUACUUUUUGUGGUUGAAAUAAGGUAUUUUUAGAAAAGGAA